AUGGGUAUUGGGAACUGGAUAAAAAUGACAAGAUUAAAUAGUAUACAUCCCAUUAAAGCUGUGGUUUUCGAUAUGGAUGGAACUUUAUGUCUGCCACAACCAUGGAUGUUCCCCGCAAUGAGGGAAGCCAUCGGCUUGCAUGAUAAAUCUGUGGAUAUAUUAGCCUAUAUUGACGAUAUGUCCACAGAAGAAGCUAAGUUGGAGGCUAAUCGUCAAUUAGAGGAAGUUGAGGACAGAGCAAUGAAACAGAUGGAGCCCCAACCUGGUCUAGUUGAAUUAUUAAGAUUUUUAACGCUGAAUAAUAUGAGUAAGAAUAUUUGUACGAGGAACGUUAUUAAGCCAGUGCAAUAUCUGAUAUCAAAUUUUGUACCUAAGGAAUAUUCCAAUUUUGAAUAUAUUGUCACUAGAGAUUUUAGACCUGCCAAGCCUAAUCCGGAUCCUCUAUUACAUAUUGCUAAGCAAUUAAAAGUUCACCCAAAUGAAAUAAUGAUGGUGGGUGAUUCUUUUGAUGAUAUGAGAAGUGGGAGAUCUGCUGGUUGUGUUACUAUGUUAUUGAACAAUCAUGUCAAUAAAUAUCUUUUACAAGAUCACCAAGAUUUGAUCGAUAAUUCUGUGGAUUCGUUAGCAGAUAUAAUUGGAAUUAUUACGAGUGCAAAUGAAAAUUAA